GAAAGCGAAAAAGCAAUGAUUUCUUCUCCAUCGUGAGAGCAAAAUCUGCAGAGCCGUUUGGUGUUCUUAUUCUUCUUCUUCCUUGCGCCAUCUUCGUAUCAAUAUAUUGCUUUCUCCUCCAAUUUAAAAAAAGCAACAAAGUGACAAACAAUGGAACUGGAUUUGGAGAACAAAUUGUUGAAAACGAGUUUGGUUAUAGUGGCGACACUUGUUAUAGCCAAACUCACCUUCUCCUUCUUCACUUCUGAUUCCAAGAAGAAGCGUCUUCCUCCUACUCUUAAAGCUUGGCCUCCUUUGAUCGGAGGCCUUGUCAAAUUCUUGAAAGGACCUAUUGUGAUGCUUAGAGAGGAAUACCCUAAGCUUGGAAGUGUAUUCACUGUUAAUCUUGUUCACAAAAAGAUAACUUUUCUCAUUGGUCCUGAAGUCUCUGCUCAUUUUUUCAAAGCUCCUGAAUCUGAUCUUAGCCAGCGGGAAGUGUAUCGAUUCAAUGUGCCUACUUUUGGUCCUGGAGUUGUUUUCGAUGUCGAUUUUCCCGUCCGCCAGGAGCAGAUCCGGUUCUUCACCGAGGCUCUUAAAGUCAACAAGUUAAGGAGUUAUGUUGAUAUGAUGGUUACUGAAGCUGAGGAUUACUUCUCGAAAUGGGGAGAGAGUGGUGAAGUUGAUCUCAAGGUUGAGCUAGAGCGUCUUAUCAUCUUGACUGCAAGUAGAUGUCUACUUGGUCGAGAAGUUCGUUACCAGCUUUUUGAUGAUGUCUCUGCUUUGUUCCGUGACCUUGACAAUGGAAUGCUUCCCAUCAGUCUUCUCUUCCCACACCUUCCAAUUCCAGCUCACCGCUGUCGUGACCGUGCCCGCGAAAAGCUUGCUGACAUUUUCGCAAAAAUCAUUGGGUCAAGAAAACGCUCUGGAAAAACAGAGAACGACUUGUUGCAGUUUUUAAUCGAAUCAAAGUACAAAGACGGUAGACAAACAACCGAAUCUGAAGUCACCGGUUUGCUCAUUGCUGCUCUGUUUGCAGGACAACACACGAGCUCUAUCACUUCCACCUGGACCGGUUCUUAUCUGAUGCAAUACAAAGAACACUUGUCAGCUGCUCUUGAUGAGCAAAAGAACCUGAUUGCGAUACAUGGAGACAAGAUCAAUUAUGAUAUCUUAUCCGAGAUGGAUGUUCUCUACCGCUGCACAAAGGAAGUGUUAAGGCUUCACCCUCCACUGAUCAUGUUAAUGAGAGCCUCGCACACUGAUUUCAACGUCACAACUCGGGAUGGAAAAACUUAUGAUAUCGCAAAGGGUCACAUCAUUGCAACCUCUCCCGCAUUUGCCAACCGCUUACCCCACGUUUUCAAAGAUCCGGACACCUUUGACCCAGAAAGAUACUCUCCGGGAAGAGAAGAGGACAAAGCUGCAGGGGCAUUCUCGUUCAUUUCAUUCGGAGGAGGUAGGCACGGGUGCCUUGGAGAGCCGUUUGCUUACAUGCAGAUCAAAGCCAUAUGGAGUCAUUUGUUGAGGAACUUUGAGCUCCAGCUAGUUUCACCGUUCCCUGAGACCGACACGAGCGCUAUGGUGGCUUGUGUUAAAGGCAAGAAAGAACACAUCUCAUCCGUCGCAUAUUCCACCCACCGAAGACAACAGCAACGGCUACCAUUGUUUGGUCGUAAUCUCUCUCGACAACCUCAAUCAAAAGGAUCCAAAGUCUCGAAGAGGAAGCUUGCAUCUAGGCUUCAAAAGCCUUCUUCUGAUCAAGGUCAAGGUUCCUUGGCAGAACGCUUUAUCUAUCAGAUGGAGAGCAUAACGAAGUGGGACUUGGGAUCACUCCGAACGUAUUACUCCGUUGAACCUUGUGAGAAGUUUCAAGAAGACGAGUUUUUAGACAUUAGCCUCGUUCCUCGACUUCAAGCGGAGUUAUGGAAGGCUCAAUCGAGAAUCAGAGAGCUUGAGGCUGAAAAGUUUGGGUCAGAAGAAAAUAUUAAAUGUUUCUUCAGACAUCAAAGAAAUGAAAGAGAAGAAACCACUGAUCCAUUUUUUGAUUACUUGAAGGAAAAGUUACGCAAAAAGAGUGAAGAAAUGAAAAGAGUCAAAGCUGAGAAUUCUAGGUUAAAGAAGAAGAUUUUGGACAUGGAUUCAUCAGUAAAUCGGUUGAGAAGAGAAAGAGACACAAUGGAGAAGGUGUGCGAGGAACUGGUGACGAGGAUCGACGAAUUGAAGGUGAAUACUAGGAGGAUGUCGGACGAAACAGAGGAGGAGAGGCAGAUGUUACAUAUGGCUGAGAUGUGGAGGGAGGAAAGGGUUAGGGUUAAGUUCAUGGAUGCAAAACUUGCCUUGCAAGAAAAGUAUGAGGAGAUGAAUUUGUUUGUGGUUGAGUUAGAGAAGUGUUUGGAGACGGCAAGAGAAGUAGGAGGAAUUGAGGAUAAGAGGCUGAGACAAGGUGAAGGUUUGAUAAAGAUGGCCAGAUCUAUGGAAGCUGAAGACAAUAAGAUUGAUUUUGAAAGAUUUGAGUUUGUGUCUGAUGACUAUAAUGUUUAACAACACUAAUGGUCUUGCAAGAAAAGUAUGAGGAGAUGAAUUUUUUUUCUUACAAGUUACAACAAGCGUAAUUUUUUAAUGAUUAAUGAAAAGUAUUAUUUACA